AACAUGUUAUAGAUUCAAAUAUGUAGUUAAUUUAAUUUUGUUCUAAAUUACGUGAUAGCUAGACAAUAUAUUUACCAUAAUAUCAAUGUAAAAAACUAUUUUGUGUCGAAUAAAAUCGACAAAAUCAAUCAAAAUGUUAUUUAUUUACAAAACUUUUUGAACGCUGUUAAUUUACAGUUUGGCAAAAUGUUAAGUUAUUGCCUGGCUGGGCAAUGAAGAAGAAGAUAGCGCGAAAAUAAAUAUAAUAAUAAAGAAAAUAUCGAAAAUCCGUGCUAAAUUAGGACUUUCCCAUGUCUACCGCCAAAGUCUUUGUGGGCAGCCUGCCGCCUGGUUGCAAGCCCGAGGAGCUUCGACACUUAUUCACAAGUUAUGGAGUAGUUGUCGAGUGCGACAUUAUGAAUCGGUGCGGAUUCGUUCACUUGGAGACCAUUGAAAUGGCUGAGGCAGCAAUAGCUGCUCUCAACGGAAUUGAAUUCAAAGGACAGGCCAUUGUUGUGGAACCAGGUCGGCCCAAAGACAGAAGAGGUGGAGGUGGAGGUGGUGGAGGGUCUGCCGGGAAUCGAAGACCCAUGCAAGGUGGUCAUGCAGGAGGCAACUUUAAUCGUGGUGGUCACACGAGUGGAAAUCAUUUCAGAGGAGGUGGUGGCAACCGGACAUCAAUCUCAAAUGACAGUCACUACGGACCCAUGAGAAGCGAGGGGAGUUUCAGACAACAGCGCAAUGCGCCAUACAGCAAGGGACUCCCACAGCAAAACCAAAGCCAAAACUUUGACGGUCCUCCACAACCUUUUAAAAACAAAUUCAACCAAGGCGGUGGUAAUAUGAGUCACAAUGAUUUGCACGCUGGUAGCAUUGGUGCUGGUGCGAGUGGAAGCCAACGUGGACCAGUGUCAUCAAAUAAUAUUGGGCAAGACCGACGUGGGUUUGCUUUGCCCGCUGUGGACCAUCAACAGCAGCAGCAAGUGUCGUUUGGUGCUAAGCAAGGACGCUUCAGGAACGGAUCAAUGGUGCCAAGUGUGAGCAACGCGGACAAUGCAAUUUUCCAACGUAAUCGCAACAAUCCCGGAAUGAACAGUGGUGAAGGUGGUCGCGGUAGUUUCAAUGCGAAUCGUGGCGGACUUGGAGGACGUGGCGGUUUCAGUUCCCGACGAGGUGGUGGCAACGUACAAAGCACUAGUAUGUCACAAAAUCAUAGCGGUAGUUUCAACAAACACGGACCGACAAACGGUCAACAUCACAAUGCACCAAACUCAUAUCAAUCGGAGUUCCCUCCACUUGGUAGUCAUGGCGGCAAUGCUCCUGGCAAUAGAAAUAGGUUUAAUGGACCCAGACCGUCACCGAAUAUGGGUGGUAAUAGAAGAUUUUAAAGCGUUGUAAAGCCAAUAUAUCAUGGUUCACAGAUGCAGAUGUAAUCAAAGAUGAUUGCUAACCUAAUAGCCGAAUUUCGUUUUCCAAUAAUUGCUUAAUUUAAGGCAUAGAGUUCGACACCAAUCGCGAUACCAUUAAGUCCAACAAUUAACAGUAUAUUUGUUAACUGAAAUUAAGGAUAUAUCAAUAUUUAAACAUUUGUGCAUUGUGCAAAUAGAAAUUUUAAUUAGAAGAAAAGAAAAGAUAAACGGACGUGCAGUACGGCUUGUUCUAAUCAAUGGCCAAUGACUUAUGUUAUGAAUAAUACAAAUAUUUACUAUAUCAA